AUGGCCCAAACUGCUUCUGCCAUUUCAUCCAAUCUUUCUCACUCGGAAUCGGUAGCCAAUUUGAGCGUGAUUCAUCAUCAUGAUCAUUCGCAUCAUAAAUCAUACAAAACUCAUCCGAUGGAAUUUGCAAAAAUUGCUCUCGGAAUUCUUGUGUGUUUCAUUACGGCGAAUUCAUUCAAGGAGGAAAUUACAAAAACAAAAUUCGGAGAGAGUAACCCCGAAGUGUUUACGUAUACAUUCUUUUUAAGUUUUAUUGAGAGUUUGUUUGAUAUAGUGGCAGCGUUAGGAAAAAUUAUUUAUUCGAAAAAACAUGAUCAAAUUAGAGCGGCUGUGAGUUUUGAGACUCAAAAAUUCUUUGUCAUGUCAGCAAUCACUCACUCGACAGGAAUUGGGUUGGGAAAUAGAGCGUUGAAAUAUGUGGAUUUUCCAACUCAGGUGUUGGCAAAAUCAUGUAAAAUGAUCACUGCCAUGUCUUCUUGUUUUUUAAUUGUAGGAAAGCGUUAUUCCAUGCCAAGAAUUGUGGCAGUGCUUGUAGCGACUUUGGGAAUUUCUUUUUACAUGUUUGGAGAGAACAAAAAGUCACAACAUGCGGAAAGUACUGCAUUUGGUUUAAUGUUGCUCAUUGUCUCUGUGUGUGCCGAUGGUGUGAAUAAUGCAGUUCAAGAAUUGAUGAAACAACAUUUUAAAAACAAACCAAAGGAAGCAAAACCAAGUUCAGACCAACUCAUGUUUUUCACCAAAAUUUACACAAGUCUGUUGUUUUUCGUAUGCAUGAUUUACUUUGGAGAGUUUUGGAAAGGUAUUGAUUUUUGUUUGAGACAUCCCUCCAUUAUUUUGAAUAUUGUAUUGUUGUGCGUUUCAGGAACGAUUGGAAGCUUUUUCAUCUUCUGGGGAUUUGCCGAGUUUGACAACGUGGAAAUUACGUUUAUCAAUACUGUGAGAAAAUUAUUUACCUUUUUACUUUCUGUAAUGAUUUAUGGACACUCAUUUUCACAAGCUCAAUUAAUUGGUGCAACCAUUGUGUUUGUUGGUGUUGGAUUGGAUUGGUAUUUUGAUUCACAUCCAUCUGUUCCUGCUGUUAGUGUCACCAAACAAGAAGAAAAGAAAAAGCAAUAG